GUCUCAUCGGGUAGUGUGGAUGUUUAGGGAUAAGCUAGGCAAAGUCUUUUGCAGUUGGGGCAAGGGGCUUUCCGAGAAGGGGAAUGUGCUUCGAUGAUUUCUUCCUUACGUAGCGUUGGGAAAUUUGGAAAGAAAGGGAGUGCAAAUUAAUAUCGAGAUGGAAUUGGCAGACAAGACAAUUGGGUUCUUGCUCUCUGUCAUCAGCUUAUCUAUAUUCACAUAUUAUACCUUUUGGGUCAUCAUUCUGCCAUUUGUGAACACUGAUCACUUCAUAUAUAAUUACUUUCUGCCGCAAGAAUUUGCUCUGAUAAUACCCGUAUAUGCGGGUGUUGCACUUCUCAGCCUCUUAUGCAUUUUUAUUGGGUCUGUGAUGCUCAAAUCAAAAAAGAAAUCCACUUGAGAUUAGUUUUGUAAUACCAUAGUUUGUAUUUUGUUUCUCAUUGUUUCAAAGCAUUUUGUAUUUUCUUACUUGAUUUCAAGAGAGUUGCAGGUUCUGAA